GGCGACGGCGAAUUGGAGGAGAGGAACUGCAACUUUCGGCUUAGAAGUGGAAAUCCCUCAUGGAAAUGACUAAGAACUCAUUUCUCUCCGUUUGAAAGCUCUGAACUUUCAUUGAUUUCUCUCAACCAUUUACAGAAUCCCAUCAAGAACGGAAGAACAAGCAGCCAAUCGGAAUCAGAAUCUCCCCUUUUUCUCUCUCCAAAAAUCUCGCCCAAAUAUGAUAUUGUUUUUCAAUGGGGGUGGAGUUUGGAGGUGUCCAAAUUCCACCCACUUCAAUUGGUCCUCUAGUUAGUGCCCCAUUUUUUUAAACCUAAUUUAGCUUUUAACUUUCUUGAUUUUAAAAAGAGUAGCCUUGUAAUUGUAUUGUAUUGUAUUGUAUUGUAUUGUUCCUUCAAAUCUGUGUGUUCUUCGAGUUCUUCACUGUUCCUCUGCCACCAUUAUUAGUACCACCACCACCAUCCUUCUCUUUGCUUUAAUGGCCUCCUCUUUCCCUCCAUUUCCUUCUUUUCUUCUUCUUCUUCUCCGUCUUUUUCUUCCCCCACUUCCAUUUUCAAUCCCCUGCGCCUCUGAUUGUUCGGUUCUUUGAUAUUCAUCUUGGUUUUUAGAUACCCUUUUGCCCAUUUCUUCACGGGUUUCGCUCUGCUUGACAUUUCUGUGUUAGAUCAAUGUAUAAGGAUAAAGGUUUAGAGGGUUGUGUUUCUGGUUCAAGGAAGAAGAACAAUAGGCGGGACUUGACCGUUCCCCGUAAUUCCGCACCACGCUUCGCCCUGGACUAUGGUGUCGGUGAAUCCUCUGGUUUAAAAUCUCAGGAUGCAGAUUAUUCCAUUCCUUUAUUUGGUGAUGAGUUAGAGCUUUCAAUCUUAGCUAGGUUUCCCAAAUCCGAGCAAUGGAAGUUGUCUUGUGUGAGCAAGAGAUAUCUAGCUAUUGUGAAGAGUGGUGAGCUAUAUAAGAUUAGGAAAGCCAUUGGAUACAAAGAGCCUUCUGUGUUCAUGUUAGCUAGUGGGGAGAGUAGCUGGAUGAUGUUUGAUCGGACUUUCCAGUCGUGUCGUAGGCUUCCGAUCCUGCCAUCGGAUUCUUGCUUUUUGGAUGCAGAUAAGGAAUCACUUUGUGCAGGCACGGAUCUCAUUGUUACCGGUCGAGAACUUACAGGAGGUGCCAUUUGGAGGUAUCAGCUAGUAGAGAACAAAUGGAUCAAUGGCCCCUCUAUGAUCAGUCCAAGGUGUUUAUUUGCAUCAGCCUCCUCUGGUUCGAAUGCAUUCGUUGCAGGAGGGAUUGCUCUCGAGUUCAGCACGGAAGGCGCUUUCGGCAUGGGGAUGGAAUAUGGACAGACUGUGUUGAACACUGUUGAGAAGUAUAAUCCUGAAAGCUUAUUAUGGGAGCCUCUCCCGAACAUGCACCGGUCGAGGAAGAAGUGCUCGGGCUGCUUCAUGGAUAACAAGUUCUAUGUCAUUGGAGGAAGAGACAACGAUGGAAACCAUCUCACUUGUGGCGAAGUCUUCGACACGGAGAAGAACUCAUGGGAUUUGAUUGAAAACAUGCUGGAAGACGCCCCGAUUUCAACUUCUCAAUCGCCUCCUCUUGUCGCUGUCGUGAACAACGAGCUCUACUCGCUCGAACCGUCUUCAAACGAGCUGAAGGUGUAUUUGAAAGGGCGAAACGAGUGGAAGAACUUGGGUCCAGUCCCAGUCCUUGCUGUUGUUAACAAAGGUUGGGGAGUUGCAUUCAAGUCACUGGGUGAUGAACUUCUGGUAAUUGGUGCAUCAGUUGAAUCAUCUGCAAACGAUUCGAUGAGCAUCUACACUUGCAGUCCCGAUCCGAGGGCGGACCGAUUGCAAUGGACACGUCUCGACUGUGGCACGAACCAUCUCAGUCCCUUUAUUCUGAACUGCUGUGUCAUGGUUGCUUGAAUUAAGCUCUCAUCAAACCAUGUUGGUUGUCUUCAAUGUUCUAAGUAAAUAAAAUGCAUCCCUCAUUCGGUACCUUCACCUAU